AGUUCCCGGAGUCACAUUCAUGGACGACACGGAGGGGCUGUUUGUAUUUGGCGCGUUCGAUUCGACACCUUCCUUCAAGGGAUACAUCGGACAGGCGACCUUCUACCGGAACAGACUGUUGCGAUCCGAAGAGAUUCCUCUGCCGAGUCCUUAUCACGCCAUGUUUGAGCUGGAACUCUCGCGGAGGACGACACGUUGCGAGAGGUUCCAGGAGUGGGUGUAUGGUCGGAGCGCGUUCUAUAGACAACAGGUCAAGUCGGCGCGGCGAGCAGUUUGGGGAGCCAAAUCAAAACUCUAUGGCUACAUGGACAUACUGAUCAAACGAUAUAUCUAUAAAGGCAGGUUCCCAUCACCGAAACAGGUCGGCGAGAAACUUUACAACAAAGCCGUGAAAUUUAUGGACAUUGGUUUUAGUCACGUGAGACGAGCCAUACCAUUGUUGAAGCAAGCCAGUUGCUAUGACAACCAUGACGCCAUGUACAUGUUGGCAACUUUGCUUAACAAUGGGGUCAAGGUGAAGGCUGACGAGCGGCAGGCCCAGGCUUACUUGAUGAAAGGUUGUCUGGAGAAACACCGCCUUUGCUGUCUGGCCUUAGCACACAAACACAGAUACGGACUUGACGGGGUCCCACAGGACAUGGAACAGGCUUACGUGUAUUAUAAGUAUGUCGCCGACACUGUAAGGGUGGACAAGGAAACACACAAAGAAACGGAUGUACUGACAGAGUCGGUGAGACUAACGGACGAGGAACAGCUUCGUGAACAGACAGAUGAGGAUGGCGAUGUGUUUCAGUGGCUGAAACACCAGGCUAGCAACGGUGUCUUCUCUGCUCAGCAACACAUGGCACGUGCGUUGUUUUGGGGCUCACAGGGUUUGAAGCGGAACAUGGCGGCUGCUACAGAGUACUUCCGGUUAGGAGCGGAAACACAGGACCCUCAGGCCAUGUAUGACUACGGGAUUAUACUACUGAAGGGUCAAGGGAGCAAAAAGAACAAAACAGAGGGUCUCCAGCAUAUACAGGCCAGUGCGGACAAG